AACCAAUUUCACUUUAUCCCCUUCAAAAACAAAAACCCCACACAAGCAAAGCAUUUCAUUUUCAUUCAACAACAGUGGACUGUAAACACUGAGACUUAACAACAAGCAAGGAAGAAGAAGAAGAAGAAGAAGAAAUGGGAUCGAAGACGAAGACGAAGACGAAACCAGAGGAUCUUCUGGAAACCCUAGGAGACUUCACCAGCAAAGAGAACUGGGACAAGUUCUUCACCAUUCGAGGUUCACAACAACCCUUCGAAUGGUACGCAGAAUGGCCCCAACUCAAAACCCCUCUCCUCUCCCACCUCCAAACCCUUCUUCCCCCUCCUCUUCCCUUGCUCGUCCCCGGUUGCGGCAACUCCACCCUCUCCGAACACCUCUAUGACGCCGGCCACACCAACAUCACCAACAUCGACUUUUCCUCCGUCGUCAUCUCCGAUAUGCUCCGCCGCAAUGUCCGCCUCCGCCCCCUCAUGCGCUGGCGCAUCAUGGACAUGACCGCCAUGCAGUUUGCUGAUGAGACUUUUAGUGCUAUCAUUGAUAAAGGUGGAUUGGAUGCUUUAAUGGAGCCUGAGCUUGGUCCCAAAUUGGGAAUGCAGUAUCUCUCUGAGGUAAAGAGAGUACUGAAGCCUGGGGGAAAGUUUUUGUGCCUUACCUUGGCGGAAUCUCAUGUACUGGAUCUACUUUUCUCAAAGUUCCGACUUGGGUGGAAAAUGAGUGUUGAUGUCAUACCUUCGAAAUCUUCUAGUAAACCUAGCCUUCAAACAUAUAUGGUGAUUGUGGAGAAGGAGCUGUCUACUUUAGUGCAUCAAAUCACAUCAUUGCUUCAAAAUUCCUCUCUUCAUUGUAAUUCAAAUUCAAAACAGGCUUCUGGACUCCUUGAAGCUCUUCAAAAUGAGAAUCAGAUUCGUGAAAAAUACUCCAGUAGCUCCGAUAUAUUAUACUCUGUGGAAGAUCUGCAAAAAGAACUGACAAAGCUUUCCCAAGGUCGGCGAUUGCAGCUUACUUUGGGUGGGCAAGGGUGCUCUAGUUAUUCUUAUAGAGCCGUAAUUCUUGAUGCUGAGGAACAGUCUGACCCAGUUACAUAUCACUGUGGAGUUUUCAUUGUGCCAAAGACUCGUGCUCGUGAAUGGCUUUUCUUUUCUGAAGAAGGACAAUGGAUGGUGGUCAGAAGCUCCAAAGCUGCUCGGCUCAUAAUGGUUUUCUUGGACACAAGCCAUACAAAUGCCAGCAUGGAUGAGAUUAAGAAGGAUUUAUCUCCAUUGGUUAAACAGUUGGAACCAAAUGAAAAUGCAAAUGGAGCUCAAAUACCUUUCUUGAUGGCAAGCGAGGGGAUCAAGAAACGAAACAUCGUUCAUCAGAUCACAUCUUCGUUAACUGGAUCAAUUAUCGUUGAAGAUGUAGUUUACGAAAAUGUUGAUGAUGAAGUCAGUUGUAUUUUUCCUUCUAGAGAGUUGGUGUUUCGACGCCUUGUAUUUGAAAGAGCUGCAAAUUUGGUGCAGUCUGAAGCUCUGCUAAAAGAUGAACCUACAAAACUAGUUGUCGAGUCAGAGAGGAAGAAGACCAACUCGUCUUCCAAGUCUAGGAAACAUGGGUCCCAGAGACAGAAUGGUGGAACAAGCAGCCCCUUGGCGGUAUCUCAUGACUAUUUAGCUAGUUCAUAUCAUUCAGGGAUUGUUUCAGGAUUCAUGUUAAUAUCCUCUUACAUGGAAAGUGUGGCAUCAAGUGGGAAAAUGGUAAAAGCAGUAAUAAUAGGACUUGGAGCAGGUUUACUUCCCAUGUUUCUUCAUGGGUGUAUCCCCUUUUUGGAAAUUCAGGCAGUCGAGUUAGACCCUGUAAUUGUUGAUAUUGCAAGGGAAUACUUCAGUUUUGUUGACGAUAAACGCUUAAAGGUGCAUGUAGCUGAUGGGAUCCAGUUUGUCCGAGACAUUGCCAAUUCUGGAGUCACAAAAUUUCAUGGAAAAUGUGAUAGUUGUAGCAAUACCGAGUCUUCUUCAAAUGGGAGUUCAAUUGCAUCUCAUGCAGAAGAUGUAGAAGCAACAAAAGUUGAUAUAGUUAUUGUUGACGUUGACUCUUCAGACUCAAGCUCUGCAAUAACAUGCCCUGCUCCGGACUUUCUGGAUGAGUCUUUUCUUGAGACUGUAAAGGAUAAUCUUUCAGAGGAAGGGCUCUUUGUUGUCAAUUUGGUGUCACGGUCCCAGGCCACUAAGGAUGCAGUUCUCUUGAGAAUGAAAAAGGUCUUCAGCCACCUAUUUUGCCUCCAGCUUGAAGAGGACGUCAAUGAGGUCCAUUUUGCUCUGAAAUCAGAGUCCUGUAUUGAAGAUGACUGCUUUUCUGAAGCUUCUCUUAAACUUGAUAAAUUGUUGAAGUUCAAACAUCCACAGAUAGGUCAGAACAUUAUUAAUGCGACAAAAAAGAUCAGACGUUUGAGUUGAAACACAGCUUUUCUUCUCAAGUGUCUUUACAGGCAUAACUCAUCCUCAGACAUGUUUAGCUAGCCUUUGGAAAAAAAUUCCUGGAAAAUCUUUGCAGAGUUCCUGGAGAUAGUUUAAAAGCUUGUCCGUGUAUAAAACGUCAACACCCUAGUUUGGAGAAGGUGUUUGUUUUAAAGUCAUUCACCCGGAUUUUGUAUUAUUAUUAGCAAGCAUCUCAUAACUGUUCUGUAUUGUUGAUUUUGAAGAAAAAACAAAUACUGCUAGAUUUGUUGUCAAAAACUUCAUAUAGGAAGAAUACUUGGAAGAAAAAGAAAUGCAGUAGUUAAAAGUUUUAUUUGUUUGAA